CCAACAGAACGCCGAGGAAGAAGAGCCGCCGCCCGCCGGAGGAAACAUGGACACCCGAAGAAGAGUUCAACGGUCCCGGUUCCCGGUUCUCCUGCCGCCGCUCCGGUCUUCGGUGGCGGGGACUUACUAACUGUUCGCUGUGUGUUAUCGAGGACCAAGCCCGUGUAAAGGAUGAGCUCGUCCGUCCCCUGAUCCCACGGACGUCAGCAGACCAGGGGCCAUGGAGGCCAGCUCGGGGGUGGAGGAGGACCUCGUGUUCAGAGGGGUGGAGUUCAGCGUGAAGGUGGAGAUGGAGAACGGUCUGCUGGUGGUGGAGAUCUCCGACGUGAAGACCGCCGACCAGUGGAGGGGAGAGUUCGAUCCUGCCUACAUUGAGGACCUCACACGCAAAACCGGAAACUUCAAGCAGUUUCCAAUCUUCUGCAGUAUGCUGGAGUCGGCCGUUAGACAGGUGAGUGAUUCGGUGACCCUUGACCUCCUGACCUAUGCCGACCUGGAGCUGCUGCGGAACAGGAAGGCGGGGGUCGUAGGUCGUCCCCGGGGCGGGCAGCAGUCCCCAGCCCUCGGCGCCAAGAGAUACCUGAUCCUGAUCUACACUGUGGAGUUCGACAGGAUCCACUACCCGCUGCCCGUGCCCUACAAGGGGAAGCCGGACCCGGCCGCCCUCCAGCGGGAGAUCAGAGCCCUGCGGACGCAGCUCAGCGCCACCACCUCCCAGGGGGGGCCCGACCACGCCCACCCCGAGACCCAGAGGCUGCGAGCAGAGCUGGCCCAGGUGAGGGAGGAGAAGCAGGCCCUGGCCCACGCCCUGCAGCGCCUGCAGGGGGGAGGAGCCGGGGGGAGGGAGGCGGUGAGGCGGAGCAGGGAGGCGCUGCGGGACCUGGAGGAGCAGCUCCUGAAGGAGCAGGCCAAGGGUCAACGCUCGGCCAGCAGGAGGAGCCAGGAGCAGCGCCUCCUGGUGGAGCAGCUGGAGGAGCUCAGGGAGUCUGAGAGCGCUCUGCGCGUCCGCGUGAAGGACCUGACCAGCGAGCUGGCCUCCUUGAGGAGAGGCCGGGCGACACCCGUCUACUCUGGCGGCUCGCGGGCCGACAUCCAGACCCACCGGUCGCUGUCCCGGGAGCGGACCGGCGCGUCCCGGGAGAGGGGCUCCGUGACCCGGGAGAGGGGCUCUCUCUCCAGGGACCGGGGCCCCGGAGGGCUGGGGGUCCGAGCCCGGUCGGGGUCCCGGGAGCGAGCCGACGACCGCGUGCUGCGCUCGGGGGAGAGGAGGGGCCGAGCCGACUCCUCCGGCCCCCGCGCCCACAUCCCCCGACCCUCGCCCUCCCCUACCGGCUCCGGGGGGCUGCGCUUCGACCCCACCGCCUACAUCCAGGACCGCCAGCGCCGCCUGAAGGAGGCGGACCUCAAAAAGCUGAGGAAGACGCGGAGAGACAUGCUGGCGUCGCCCGUCCUGUCUGAGAGGGGGCGGUCCCGUUCCCGGGAGCACCGCCCCCUCGCGGAACGCUCCGGCAGCCGGGGGCGGAGCCUGUCCACGGAGAGGCGGGGCAGCCGGCCCUCCUCCGCCGGGUCCGUGGUGGACGAGGAUCACAUGACCGGCGUCCUGCUCAGAGGAAGGAAACCGGUCUACAACGGCGCCAGCGCGUCCAGAGGGAUCGGGUCCCUGGGCCGGAAGCCGCUCUGCAGCACGCCAACGUACCGGAGGAGAGAGGACAGAGAGAGCUCCAUGGACGCGGGGACGGAGCUGUCGGAGAUCGACGCUCGACUGCAGGCCCUGCAGGACUACAUGAGGGACCUGGACACCGGACCCUGACCCGGACUACAGGAAAGACCUGGACACCGGACCCUGACCCGGACUACAGGAAAGACCUGGACACCGGACCCUGACCCGGACUACAGGAAAGACCUGGACACCGGACCCUGACCCGGACUACAGGAAAGACCUGGACACCGGAUCCUGACCCGGACUACAGGAAAGACCUGGACACCGGACCUCGACCCGGACUACAGGAAAGACCUGGACACCGGACCAUGACCCGGACUACAGGAAAGACCUGGACACCGGACCCCGACCCGGACUACAUGAGACCUAGACCCCGGACUACAGUAGCUCACCUCCUUCCCUGCACUCGGACCUUUGAAGGUUUCUCUCCUGUGGACCGGAGGACCCGAUGACCUGGUUGACUGCACCAGGACCUGAUGUGGUACACUGGGCCAGAACCUGGUCUUGGACUCUUGGACCUUCUGGCUGCUUGUUGUCUAAACUGUGAUCUCACUUUGUAUAAACCGUGUACGUUUUUAAAUUCGUAUUUUUUAUUCAAAGCUAACGGGUGAACUCCGCUGCACGUCGCUAUGAAGUGGUGAGACCUCACUCUUCAUACGUGCACACCUUGUUUUGUUGUAUUCUAUUUAAAUGCAUCUUUGAAUUGCCUUUAAAAAAAAAAUGCUUUUUUAUGAACUUGGAACUUUAAACAACAGCCGAGGAUUUGAAAUGAUAUAUAUUAUUGUUUUGGGUCCUUAGUACGAUUCCAUCCGAGGAUUCUAAUUCGAUAUCCCCCAUCGAGUUGGCAUCUGGCCAGUGUGUUUAAUAUUGAUAUUUAUAUCUUGUAAUCAUCACUUCACUGUUCUCACUGCUUUAUAACUCUUUCUUCACACUCUAGACUAUAGAUGCCUAACUCCUAGACCUCUACUCCACGUUUUUAAACCUCAUUAAACGAUUCAUGUGCCGCACA